UUUCAGCCGUUCGGGGCGACUAAACCACUGCGUCUUAGGACCCAAAUUUAUGUCGCGCAUUUCAAAUUUCAAAACAACCGAGUCGCGCCUGUCAACAGUGAGAAUGGAUGCGGUGGGUUGAGCGCUAGACUGUUUUGUUCAAACUAAAACAUACUAAAUACAUGUAGCGUGUAAAAACAUUUGUGGUGAUAUGUGUUUGAUUUUCAACACAAUAAUCACCAUACGUCGUUUUUGUAUUUCUGUGAAUGCGGAUCAUCUGGGUGCACGGUGAGACGACCGACUAACUAGUUAUCUAAUCUAGCGAACUAGUUGGAAAAAAUAAACAUUUAAAGAGACAGCAGAGAUGGAAGCUCACGGAUUAUCAUCUGAAGGCUCAAACAACGCAGUUAAAGCUCCCUCCAUCGAGGACUUUGUUCUGGUCAAACCUAUCAGUCGAGGAGCCUUCGGGAAGGUUUACCUCGCCAGAAAGAAAUGCAACUCCAAACUUUAUGCGAUCAAGGUAGUGAAGAAAGCAGACAUGGUGGAUAAAAACAUGACAGAUCAGAUGAAAGCUGAGAGAGAUGCUCUCGCUCUCAGUAAAAGUCCAUUUAUUGUGCACCUGUUUUACUCUCUUCAAACCGCAACUAAAGUGUAUCUGGUGAUGGAGUAUCUGAUUGGUGGAGAUGUAAAAUCACUUCUUCAUAUUUAUGGGUAUUUUGAUGAGGACAUGUCUCUGAAAUACAUCUCAGAAGUUGCACUUGCUCUGGAUUACCUUCACAGACACAGCAUUAUUCACAGGGACUUAAAACCAGACAACAUGCUCAUCUCAAAUGAGGGUCACAUUAAGCUCACAGACUUUGGGCUCUCCAAGGUUAAACUUGACAGGGAACUAAACCUGUUGGACAUUUUAACCACUCCUUCUUUGGUGAAACCUAAGAAAGAUUAUUACAGAACACCUGGUCAAGUUCUGUCUCUGAUAAGCUCUCUUGGUCUCAAUACCCCGGUGACAGAGGGCAAGCGUCAAAGCAGCACAGUAUUGGGCAGCCCCAUGUCCUGCGGAAAAGUUAAGCAGAGGAAUAGUUCUCUGUGUUCACCUCUGCUGAAGAGACGGGCUGAUCACCUGAAUUCACCAGUAUGCACAACUCGAGCUCUAGCAUCCAAUAGUGUGUUCAGUCCUGGCCUGCUAGCUAGGAGUCUCACACCAAGGCUGAUGAAAUCAAGGAAGAGAUUUGAGACACUGAGUGUUGGGAGUGCUCACUCAUGCCUGUUACCAUCCACUACUGAUUCUGAAGACUGUGUCAGCCCAAUGUGGGAGGAUGAGCAGUAUUUACAAGAUGGCGAGAACCUUCCACAGUUAAACGGAAGAGAAGUUGGCAAUAGAAUGUCAAGAAACAUUCCCUUGACACCUAUCGAAAGGAGGAAGAUGUUUCCAGCGCGAACUCAAGAUCACAGCACUGUUUUGACUCCACUCAAUAACCAAGUGGACAAUAGCAGAAAUGUUAAACCAGAUAUUUCUGCAAAGAGGCUUCAGUUCAGUGCAUCCGACCACUGUGCUCCAUUGGGUAAGGCUGAUCCCCGUCAGUCAAUUGGGAACGGUCUUGUGAAACCGGAGCUGUCAACAGAGCCCAAAUCCUCAGUUAAGAGAGCCUUUGAAGAUGUAGAGAAAAGCCCAGAGCAGGCUGAGAUCCAUUGCAAGAAAAACGACGCAGUGUACAAGAGGUCUUUCCACAUUCCUGAGGACAACUCAAGGGCCCACACAGGCUUGACAGGAAUUUUCUCAAUUGUGGGGCUUGAUGACGUUAAAAGUGUGCCGAUAUGUCAACAGAUGAGUGAGAAAAUGGGCCCAAAGCAAUCUAGUCCCAUAGCUGUGGCCAAAAAUCUCUUCUGUGAUCUUGAAGAUCAAGGCGAGGAGGUGGGUUUGCUCAAAGCAGAGGCCAACUCGAGCUCCCCUACCUCACCCGUUGAUGACAGAAAUAUCAGAAGAAGCCUUAGUUUAGACUCGGACAGCUCAGUUCAUGAGAUGUCAGUGGUUGCUAACACACCACAAAAAUCAACGGACUUAAAACAAGAGGGUUUGUCAUCCUCGUUUGAGGAGCUGGAUGAAAACGAGAUUUCAGUAGUCACACCGGUGGCCCGGCCCACAUUGGCUACACCAAAGCAUAGCAGUGCAAAGCAGCAUAGGGCUAAAUCCGAGCGGUCUCUUCUUGACCAUCCUCACGGUUUUUCUGACAGUAUGGUCAAAUCACCUGGCUUCCUCAAACCCAAGAAUGUGGUUGCAUUUAGGAGUUACUGCAGCUCCAUAAACCGCUCUUGUAUGUCACAUCUAAGCCUGGCCUCUUUGGAUGCUAUGGAGAUGUCUGCGUCAACCUCCUUCCACAAUGCCCAGUCUGCAGUGACUCCGGUUCAGAAGAAAAGGCCCAGUCUGAGCAGCUCGCUUUACCAGACGCCACAGCAGAUGGUUGUGUCUCACACUCCCUAUAGGACACCUAAAAGCGUCCGUAGAGGUCCAGAACGUGUAGAAGGGGCUCCUAUACUAGGAACUCCUGACUACUUGGCACCAGAACUUUUAUUAGGCAAACCUCAUGUUUCAGGGUCUGUACGCUGUGAUUUCAUGGUGGAUUGGUGGGCAUUAGGUGUCUGUCUGUUUGAGUUCCUCACAGGAGUUCCACCCUUCAAUGAUGAGACCCCUCAGCUGGUGUUCCAGAACAUUCUAAACAGAGAUAUACCAUGGCCAGAUGGAGAUGAGGAGUUAACCCAAAAUGCACGAAAUGCCAUAGAGAUUCUUCUCACUAUGGAUACAACCAAACGGGCUGGCUUAAAAGAGCUGAAGGAUCAUCCGUUCUUUGAAGGUGUGGACUGGGAAAACCUUCACCAUCAGACUAUGCCUUUCAUCCCUCAGCCUGAUGAUGAGACGGACACUUCGUACUUUGAGGCGAGAAACACGGCCCAGCAUCUCACUGUAUCAGGCUUCAGUCUGUAGCAGAAAAAUACCUGUAGUGGACUCCGUGUUUUCAGGUACAGCUGUGUUGUGGAAGCUCUGAUGAAUACAGAUCCCUCAGUGCUCUUGUUUGUCUUCCUUUCUUCUGUUUCUUCCUUCUGUCUUUAUUCAUGUUUUGUAUGUUCUUGAAAAUACAUAUGUAGAAUGAUGUUGUGUUGGAAAGCAUUCUGAAAUGCAGUGAGGUGGGAUUUUGACCCCUAUGCACAUACAUGCCGCAAGACUUGUGGCGUAAAAUCUUCCGUUAUGUUUGUUUGGGAAAAAAGUAAUAUAUUAUGUAACACUACAUUUUGUACCAACUCAUUGGUGCACUUUUUUAACUCCUGUUUUCAUGAAAACUAUGCUUGUUGGACUGUAAUUUUAACAUGCUGAAUGUUUUAACUGGUCUAUAUCAAGUAUGAUU